UCUUUGAAUCCAAGACUUUUGAAGAUGGAAAAAACAGCCAAUAAACAAAAAAAGAAAAAACAAAAUGGUUACCCAGUUUUUUAACUUACUUAGAAAAACAGCUUCCCGAUAACUAAAUUCUCAGCCUUUUUUGUUGUCGAGCCGAAGAAAAGGUUCUUGUUUUCUUUCUCUUGAGUCUUGCCUACUGGUUCUCAGCCCCGAAACAGCCAUGGGGGACACCGGUCCGGUCCGGUUCCCUGGAAACCUUGACCCAACAGCGCAAGAAUUUUGGCCAGCACAAAUCCCCGUUUGCCAACCCCAAAUUCCUCUCUUUAGACCACCCCAACUUUACUACCCGUACGCUACUCCUCCAGCGGUGCCGAUUUGCGAUGGCGGCGUAGCACAGUUCCAUACGCCCGUACCUGCACCCGCACCAACGGCGUAUGUUACAUCUUCCAUGGUGGUUGCCCCGCAGCCGCCACUGCCACCUCCGACGGCGGCGGCGACGAGGGCUUUAGUGUUGACGUUGGUCCCAUGCGAUGUUAGCGAGUCCAAGGUGAGGAAAGAAUUGGAAGUUUUCGGGGAAGUACGUGGGGUCCAGAUGGAAAGAGUCCGAGAAGGGAUCGUGACCGUUCAUUUCUACGAUCUGAGACAUGCGGAGAAAGCGUUGAAGGAAAUACGAGAGCAGCACAUGCAACAGCAAACCAGGGUUCGGAACCAGUGUGUUGCAGCUGCUGCCGGGUGUGAACCAGGAGAGAUUAACGCGUGUGCGCCACUGCCUCCUUCUGCGCGUGGACUUAUAGCGGGACGAGCUGCUUGGGCCCACUUUAUUAUUCCGGCAAGUAAUGCUGUUCCUGACGGGAAUAAUCAAGGAACUGUUGUGGUUUUCAACUUGGACCCCGGCGUUUCCACUUCUAAACUUAAGGAGAUUUUCCAAGCUUAUGGUCCCGUGAAGGAACUGAGAGAGACACCAUUGAAGAAACACCAAAAGUUUGUGGAGUUUUUUGAUGUAAGAGAUGCGGCUAAGGCUUUAAGAGAAAUGAAUGGAAAAGAAAUUAAUGGGAAGCAAGUUGUGAUUGAAUUUAGUCGACCUGGAGGAUACAGCAGGAAGUUCUUCAACUCUAACAACGCCUCCAACGUUAACGCAUUUGCAGCCUGCGCUAAUAAUAUUUCAUUGACGACCAACAAUUACCAUAUAAGAAAUUCGGAGUACCCAUCUUCACCCCCGGCGCCGCCGCCUCCUCCAGCUUCGUUGUCUCGCAAAUUCUCUGGUGGAUUUUCUUCGAACAUUCCUCGUUCAUUCCUUUCUCAAAGCCAAUCGCCAACGAAGAAAGCGUCUAAUUCUAGUAAGGGAAACCCUAAUGGGAAUAGCAACAGCAAAGCUUCGGUUGAAGCGUCAGUGGUCGAAGAGAAGGUUGGUGGUGGAGGUCCUAAGAAGAAUGCGAAGAAGAACCAGAACAACCAGUGGACCGUUAGUAUUAGCAAUGCGAGUAAGCAGCAGCAGUGUAGGGGCAGGCCAUGGAAAGGUAGACAAGCAAAGAAGUUUGAUCCUCGUUUCCUUAUAAGUGAAGAUGCCAUGGUGGAAUCCAGUCGUAAAGAUUCCAGGACCACUGUUAUGAUCAAGAACAUACCCAACAAAUAUAGUCAGAAAUUGUUGUUGAACAUGCUGGACAAUCACUGUAUUCACUGCAACGAGCAGAUUGCUGACGGGGACGAGCAGCCCUUAUCUUGUUACGAUUUCGUGUACCUCCCCAUUGAUUUUAACAACAAGUGUAAUGUGGGAUAUGGAUUUGUGAACAUGACAUCCCCACAAGCAACAUGGAGACUCUACAAGGCUUUCCAUCAUCAACACUGGGAAGUUUUCAACUCCAGAAAAAUCUGUGAAGUUACUUACGCAAGAGUUCAGGGAUUGGAAGCUUUGAAAGAACAUUUUAGGAACUCAAAAUUCCCAUGCGAAAUGGAUCACUAUCUGCCAGUAGUUUUUUCGCCACCUCGAGACGGGAAACAACUGACUGAGCCACUUCCUAUUGUUGGUCAAAAGCAGCAGCAGCAGUCUAUCAUAAGCGGUCCCUCCGCCAACGCCAAUGAAGAAGAAGAAGAAGAAGAAGACGACGACGACGACGACGACGAUGAUCAUAGCGUUGAUGAGGUUUGUAAUGAUGAUAAGGUGCCUGGUGAUGGUGGUGGCGGGAGUGCAAAUACGCCUCAAGAAAGUAAUGCCAACGACCCCAAUCAUUUCAACUACUGUGAUUCUGAUACUGUUGACCAGCAUGAGAAGCCCUCAGUAACGGCAUCAGCAGCCAAAGGCCAAGCGGCGGCGAUGUUAGUCAUGAUUAAAUAAAGGAAAAAAGAAAAAGAAAAACAAAGAAAGUGAAGGGUUGGUGCAGCGUUGCGGCCUGAACCCUGAACAGGCCCUGAAGCCAAAAAUUUUAUAUCUUUGUGACAUUUACUACUACUCUUACAUGAAGAAGUGAAAUAUGAAUACAAUAUAAUCUUUGUUUACUGCAA